AGCUUGGGCGAUGAGGUUCCGAGGAAAAUUAGUCGAUAUUGGCUGUAUACAGCAUUUCUCAAGAGUGACUAGCACUGUGUCCAAACUGGCUAAGAACUGUGUUCUGAGGCUGACCAGAGACAAGCUGUACUUUAUCCUGUCUGAGAAGGCUGUUAGUGGGGAGGUGCAGAUCUGGUGUGAGCUCACACAGAGUCAUUUUUUUGACGAGUAUGCGAUGGAAGGUUUGUCUCGGGAGGAUGCUAAUGAGAUUUACCUAGAUUUGAUUCCUGAGAACCUGGUAAAGGCUCUGAGGUCUUCACAAAGUGCCAAGUGGGUCAAACUGAAGUUGACCAAGAAACAGACACCCUGUCUGUCUGUGGAAGUGUCACUGCCGUCUCUGACAGGCCAUGACAGACUGGUCGUUCAUGACAUUCCAGUCAAUGUCAUUCCCAAAAGACUAUGGGAUGAGUUUGAGGAGCCAGAAUUACCAAAGUUUGAUGUGAACAUCUGUAUGCCCCACUGGAAGCUACUCAGGAACAUCGUUGACAAGAUGAAGAAUCUGAGUAACUUUGUGGUGAUCUCAGCCAAUGGAAGCGGAGAGUUGAGGUUAAUGGUGGAGACUGACAUGGCAUCAGUAUCCACACACUUCCGAGAUCUGACCAAUGCCACAUGGAACAAAGAUGAUGAUGGUAUGGAUACACGGGCGGACAGUCCAGCGUUAGACCCCCAGCAGUUUGUGGAGGCACGUGUGGACAUCAGGAAGUUUGCUCAGUUCCUGGCCGGUCAACAGGUCAACCCGUACAAGAUCAUCUGCAAUAUUGUUCACAAUACAACGCUUCAUUUUUUCAUGCUACAUGAGGAUGUGUCCCUCCAGUACUUCAUGCCAGUUGUACAGAGCUGAUAGUUAUUUCCAGUGGUACAGAGGCAAUAAUAAAUCCUGGAAGAUGGAUGUGCAGCCUUACUGUUGUACAGAGGUGAACAUGACACCACACAGUUGUACAGAGCUGAACAUAUAUGUAGCAGUACACAGUUGUAUAGAGGUGAACAGGACACCACACAGUUGUACAGAGCUCAACGUGAAACCACACAGUUGUAUUGAUCUGAACAUAACACCACACAGUUGUAUAGAGCUGAACAUAAGACCACACAGUUGUAUAGAGCUGAAAAUAACACCACACAGUUGUAUAGAGCUGAACAUAAUACCACACAGUUGUAUAGAGCUGAACAUAACACCACACAGUUGUAUAGAUCUGAACA